CAGACAAGUCCUUCAAACUCCCUGCCCUCAGUCUUUCUGCUGUACCCAGUGGAGGUCACAACAGUGCCCUGGCCGCCUCAGGGUCAUUUUGGGAAGCAAAGGAUUAGCCCCAGUUUCUUUAUAUGUAGAAAGAGCAAGCUUGGAUUAGUGUAUGCAGAGUAUGACAGGUUGUCAAUGGCUACUAAACUAGCUCUGUUAUAAAAUGAUGGUGAAUAUUCAUUCCUUGGCUCUAAAAGCCACAGAAAGCUGAGACAGGGGGCUGUAGGCCGUGACGUUCUCUUUCUAUCUCACUCUCACUGGAGGGUGGGUAGCUUUUUCAUGUCCAACAGCUAGGAUUCAACAGAGUUAAUAAUCCCUAUUAUUUCUCUAGUCAACAUAAAUAUCAUACUAACAGUGAUGACACUCUCUGUGUCCCAGGCCCCGUGCUAGCUCACACCCACCUUGUAAGGUGGGCAGCAGUCCUACUUUACAGAUGAGGAGACAGAGGCACAGAGAACAGACACCACAUACUCAGCAAGUGUAGGAGCCAGGAAAUGAACUCAAACCUUGACCCCUACCACUGCUAAAGGAGGACUGAUAGAUGGAUUCAGUCCCUUUGGAAUGACUAACCAUGCCCCCGUGGACACGAACACUGGCCUUGGUUCUAUCCAGCACCAGCUUUUUUUUUUUUGGAGGCCAGUUCAAUUGACCAGAACUCAGCCAGGAAUCUGAGCACCUAGAGUACCCAGCACCAGUGUGCCUGAGGUAAAGGAAGCUGCAGUGGGGUGAGGAGUUGGUGUCAGAGAUAUGGAAAAGCACCUGACUCCUACAGCCAAAGGGCUGGCUGGCAGUCUAUACCUUGCCCCUCACUGGCUGUGUGACCUUGAAUCAGAGCCCUGCCCUCUCUGUAGAAUGACUGCAAAGGACUCCUUGACUGUAAAAUGAGGAAUAAAAUAAAGCUCAAGGAAAUAACAGUAAGGAAAGUGCUUUGUAAAUUAUAAAAGCACUUUCUCUCCCUCUCUGGUAAGGCUUGUCCCCUUCUUGAAGAAACCUUCAGUGCAACAUCAGAAACUGGAGUGCAAGCAACUAGAGAGCCACACUGAGCAGGGCAGGCCCUCUGUGGCUGUAAAAGGGAAGUGCCAAGAGUGGCAGGGAGAGAGCUUCUCUGACUGAGGUGUGGGCUCCAGGAUGCAGCUUCAGGAGGAAGGAGAUAACAGAGGAAAGGCAGCAGAGGCCGAGAAGUGUGACUAUGCAUGGAGGGCUCCGGGUACGCCAUGAGGUGAGAGGGGACCAGGCACCUCAGGACCAGCUCAGGGAAGCCUUACAUACCAAGUAAAUCCACUGGUAGAAACAGUGAUCUCCACACUAGUUGGUGAGUUGGGCAGCUGCUAGGUUAGGGGCCUCCAUGGGAACCUGAUGUCAGCCCCUGCUUACAGCACACUCUGCACAUAGUUUGACUUUCCUGCUUCCCAUUGCCACAGCCCAAGCUGUGACUUCUCCAGCUAUGGAAGAACACCACAGCCAGCCAUCCCUGGCCCUCCUCUUUGGAAAUUUCCUUUGUAAGGGUUUGGAAAACCGGCCAACUCCUGCCUGUCCCCGCCUGCUGAAGCACCUCCUUAUGCCUCAGCGGGAGCCCCUCUGUCCACACCAGGGCUUUUCUUGUGACCAGGGUAAAUAUUAGCUGGCACUGUUAAUGUUUAAUGCCCCCACCUUGUCCCUGGCCACCCCACGGCCAGGUACUCUCUCUGAAGCUGAGGCAGCAGGAGGAAGGCAGCAGAAUCGAGCCCAAUCUAUUGGGGAAAUGGCAGGGGCAUUGACAGAUGAUGGUGGCAGCCCCAAGGGGGAUAUGGACCCAUUCUACUAUGACUAUGAGACUGUCCGCAAUGGGGGCCUGAUCUUUGCUGCCCUAGCCUUCGUGGUGGGGCUCAUCAUCAUCCUCAGCAAAAGACUCCGCUGCAGGGGCAAAAAGAAGCACCGGCCAGUCAGUGAAGAUGAGCUGUAAUGACAGAGUCAGCUGUGCCAUCAUGGCUCUGGGGACAAUGGAAAAGCCUUCCCUGAGCUGCAGAUCUUUGUCCCAGCACUGCCAGACCUUCAGAGUAAAGGAGGCACCAAGCUUCAUGGGACGCCUGGAUGGGCAUCACCUCCUUGCAACCCCUGUCACCUCUUCCUAAUAAUAAAGCUGAGCUUAGAGAUGGUUCCUUCCUUAGCCUGCCUCCCCCACCCCCACCUUCUCUCCUGUAACUUCUGUGACUUGUCUGUCCAAGUUGAGUGCAAUACGGCCUGGUCUCUUUUGUUUUUUGAUUAAUUGCCCUAUUAAAGCAAGUAGGCCUCUCCUUUCCCCUGAAUUACCAAGAGCCCUGGACAGAAGACUCAGCCUGUUUUCCAAAUGCCAGGCAGCAAGAAAUCCAGGAGUCUGAAUGUCAAAGGUUCAAAGCCAUCAGGUCCGUUGGGUUCUGCUUGGGUAUCUGCCCAGGCUCUGAGUGCCACUGUUGGAACUAUACCACUGGAAGUUGCUGCAGACAAGCCUGCAAGUCCCUAAGUGUGGCAGCUGGUGGCCAUAUAAUGUGGUCUGCCAUCUCCCCAAGUGCACCAAUAUGACAAGAUGGGUAGUCUGGGGGGAUGCAGGCCACAGCACAUGCUGUCUCCCUACAUGCCUCCUGACAUUGGUGCUAAGCUCAGAUCACCCCCUUUCUGCUCUUGGGGCCAGUGGACCUCAUCUAGACCUACUCAUUCAUGCUGGCUUGACUAAUCCCAGGGCUAGGGCCCUUGUUACCUUCCUGCGGCUCCUGUUCAUCUGGCAGGCCCCUAUGCAGAACAACUUCAGCCUGAGAUGGUAUCAGGCUGGUCCUCCUACUCAUGCCGGUGGCCCCUUACAGUACAGUGUGCUUCCCCAGGGCAGUUCUAUUCUCUUCCCCCUCUUUAGGGAGGCCUCCAGGAUGCUGGAGGGGAUUGUGGGACCGAGGCACCACCUAGUGUCCACCUUCCACAUUUGGGUCUGCAGGCCUUGUGGGAGGGGAGAA